AUGGGCAUGGGAAGACACGCUAAAGUUCAUGAACAGGCUUUUUUCAGGGACUUCAUCCACUCACUUAAGGACAUGGAGGAGGGUGGCUCCCUAAGGAGCUCAGGCAUGGGGAUGAAUUCCAUGCCACUGGUGACCUGGAAGGAGUUUGGUAUUCAUCCAAUUGAAGAUCUCUUCAACGAUUUGCAAGAUGGUCGAAAGCUUUUGGAGCUCCUGGAAGGUCUUACAAAUCAAAAACUUGGGAAAGAAAAGGGCUCCACUAGAGUUCAUGCCUUGAACAAUGUCAAUAAAGCACUACAAGUCUUGCAGAAAAAUAACGUAGAUCUGGUAAAUAUUGGCAGUAUAGAUAUUGUGGAUGGAAAUCAUAAAUUGACCCUUGGAUUGGUCUGGAGUAUAAUUCUCCACUGGCAGGUAAAAAAUGUUAUGAAAAGCAUCAUGGCUGGACUGCAACAAACAAACAGUGAAAAGAUCUUGUUAAGCUGGGUUCGUCAAUCAACUCAGAACUAUCCACAGGUCAAUGUUUUUAAUUUUACCAAUAGCUGGUCUGAUGGUUUGGCUGUCAAUGCACUCAUACACAGUCACAGUUGUUGA